CACUGCUUAUAUACUUAGGGAGGGUCCAGCACUAUAAUGGUACAGAGAAGCAGAGCAGUCUAGUCAGCAGAGGAGAGAGAGAAGAUUCCAAAGUCUCAGUUGCAUUUUUGUUUUUUUUUGUAUGGACUUAAGUUCUUCAAAUAUUCAGUGAUGACUGGACUAAGAAUUCAGAUGAUGUGCCUGAUGCUCUUUGCUUUCAGCUGCUGUGGGAUGUGCACAGAUUCUGAAGAGGAGAUGAAAGCGUUAGAAGCAGACGUGCUUAGCAAUAUGUACUCAUCAAAGGUGACUAAAGCAAGACUUCCGUACUGGAAAAUUACUCUUCUUAAUGUAUGCAACCUUAUAAACAAUAUCAACACCCAAGCUGAAGAAACAGGGGAGACUGGGGAAAAUGUCAGAAAACAAUAUCCUACAUCUGCGGAUGGGUUUAACCUGGAAGCAAUGUUGACAGCUUUUCAGCUUCAGAAAAUUUGCCAAAGCAGAAUCAUUCAGCAUUGGGAGCUACUUCAGCAGGAUUACCUGGACCCCAGCAGUUCAAAUAAUGAAAAUGAAGAUAUAGUUAAGAGAAAAACCCCUUAUAUUUUCAAAAGACAAUCACACGUAAGCAAAGCCAGAAGACCCUACAUACUUAAAAGAGGCUCUUAUUACUAACUCAUUCAAUAAGAUAUAGUAAUGCCUGUUUAAUUUAUAAGUUAAUGUGAUUUAUGGUUAUUUUACUUACAAUUAAAGACAUAUUUGUGUUAUAAAUA